AUGUCUUCUAGUUUUUCUUUUUUGCCUUUUUUGUUUGGUUUUGUUUUUGGUCCUGGAUUCUUUUUACGAAUCACUUCACCCUUGGAGGCUUUGACUGGAAUGCAAAAAAGGAUUCCAGAUGCAAACAGUGUGGGGGAAUGGGAUUACAAACCAGUCUUGAUUCCGAGGGAGAAGUACGCAAAAAUAGCACAUGGGCGAAACAUUUUUUUGGCAACGUGUCUUGGUGGGGCUGCCUUGGUGUGGGGAGUUAGCCUGAUUCCACAGUGGCUGAUUUACCGCUCCUUGAGGCGAAUGUACCAGACAUAUUGUCGUGGUCGAGUGUUGGAUCUGACGCCAAAAAUAGCGGAUGCCAGCAAUGUCCGACUUUAUGAGAUGUCUAAAGCAAUUCGUGUAGAGUUUAUCGUGGAUCAAAAAGUUAUUGAUGAUGGGCGAUACAAAAUUGAUGGGUCCCUCCCCGAAGCAGUGCAGGCGGAACGACGGAAAGCCAUGACUUUGGAUUUUAUGGUCAAGAACGAUCACAACUGGGUUGGAAGCACAGUUGUUUUUGACAUCAUUGAAAAGGGAGAGACAAAAAUGCCCGAUUUCCAAAAGUACGACACUGUUGUGAUCCGAAAUGAGCUCUUGAACAGAAGUGAAGAUGAUGCGCGUCAGUUUCUCAAUGCCGCUUUGACUUAUGUCGCAAAAGACGGCUAUUUGCUACUAAUGGAUUUUGGGAGUCCUUCUUGGCCAAAACUACAGUCUUGUGUGCGCUGGUUCAACUCUUUGACGAGAAGCUCCAUGCACCUGACGCACAAUUAUAACAAAUGGAUCAGGGAUGAUGCUCGUUACUUGCUGAUUGAGGAACACCGAUGUCUAAUGGGUUUCCAUUAUGCAUUGGCCCUUCGGCCAAAAUCAUGA